AUGCAUCUGUUUAGAAGAUCGCUCUUGCAGUCAACAGAAAGUACCGCAAGUACGACAAUUAGUGGGCUAACUGUGACUACGACUAAUUCAUCUUUCGGUAAUUUUCCACUUUGGCUUAUCCCUUUAAUUCCUAUCGGAUUUAUUUUGAUUUAUGGAGUAGUAGUUGUUAUAAUUGCCCACAAAAGGCAACAAUUAAAUAUGAGGAUUAUACCUACUCUAACGAGAUCGGGUCAUACAAGGCAAAGUAUACAAGGACAAUCAUCCUCACCACUAACCGAGACCGAAAUUGAGCUUCAAGAUGCUUUAAAUAAGAUUCACAGAUUGAAAGGACAAGAACAAAACUUAAAUAAGCAAAUAUCAUCCAUUACAAGACAAAUUGUUAAGACUAGAACGCAAGCAGAAAAGUCUAAAAAUGAUCUUGCACAUGAGAAACGAUUACGUGAAAAAGCAGAAAGUUUAAUUGAAGGCGCUAGACAACAAGCAAAGAAAGAAAUUUACGCAAAACUUAGUGUCGAAGCUAAUCGUCGUGACAUUGCUCAUAAGCUAAGCAAUUUAAAGCAACAAAAUGAACAAUUAAACAAGCAGCUAAACGCUAGCAAAGCAGAAGUGCAAGAAAAGCUAAAAGAAAUUGAGCGCAUCCGAGUGGAAUAUGCAGCUGAGCAAAAAUCUCCAUUAUCGGUUGAUGUUUUAGCGAGAAGUUGCACGAUGUACACUGAGUGUAUCGGCGCGACAUUAAUGCUAGUUUAUUGUAAUAGUACACGUAUCGUAUCGUCAUUAGAUAAGCAACUAGUUCUAAACAAGUUUUACUCUAUCGUGCGCCCCGAUAAUUAUCACUGCAUUAUGUAG